GGAAGAAGUUACCUGUUGAAUCCUUCCGUCCUUUUCCUCCCCCACUUUUGGAGCUACCUGAAAGGGAACCUACAGAUCUAUAAACCUCUCCUGAAAAAGAGAGCAAGGGAGGCGAACCAGGGGCGGGAAGGUGAACCAGGUGGACAGGCGGCGAAGACUGGCUAGUGCAAUCGGUAGGAAGUGCCUGCUGAGUCAGGUGAACCGGUUCUGGAGGGGCCGCAACCUGCUUAGGAGGAAAGGGCCAGGACGAGGGAGGUAUUCAUUUGUUCAUUUUUGAAAACUAAGAACUCAUUAGCAGCAGGUCCAUUUAUAGACUUGGGGCACCUACUCGGCCCUGAAAAGAGAAAAGAACCGGAGAGAUUUGGGCAGGGAAGGAUAGACACGUCUAGGGAACCUUCGGUUGGUUUUUUAAAUUGUCCCUAGGCCAAAAAAAAAAUAACGAUCUAGCAUGGCUUCCGCGGUCUGGGGGGGUGCCCCCUGGUGGGGCCCACCGCCCCCAGCUCCAGCGCGGCCGCUCACGGACAUCGACUUCUGCUCAGGCGCACAGCUGCAGGAACUGACCCAGCUCAUUCAGGAGCUGGGUGUGCAGGAGAGCUGGAGGGACGGGCCCAAGCCGGGAGCCGACCUCCUUCGGGCUAAGGACUUUGUCUUCUCUUUGCUCGGUCUAGUUCAUCGCCGGGAUCCCCGUUUUCCGGCUCAGGCAGAGCUCCUGCUGCUCCGCGGUGGGAUUCGCGAGGGCUCCCUGGAUCUGGGGCAUGCGCCCUUAGGUCCCUACACCCGGGGACCUCACUACGACGCCGGCUUCACCCUCCUAGUGCCGGUGUUUUCGCUGGACGGCACCGGGCCAGAGCUACAGCUGGAUCUGGACUCCAGUUACGCGUGGCUCCGCCUCCCAUGGCCGGUGUGCCAAGCCACGGAGCGGGGCGCCUGGCAGGACUGCCUAGGGCCCCCAGCCCCCGAUGAACGCGAUUUGAUUCUUCAAAUCGGUGGCGAAGGAAGAAGUGACAAAGAACAGCAGGACUCUGUGGCCCCGUCGCACGGUUACGAGCCUCCUAAGUCUCUGGGAAAAGCACCCUGUGACCUCUCAGGGACCGAAUCGUCGCAGCAUGACGUCACCGAUGAUGGUUCUACCUCAGUUUUGAAAACGCGUGGUGACGUUCCCGGGGCGGCGGCCCAAUGCCCAAUCCCCAAACCGUCGGAAGCUCGGGAGGAGUGGCCUACACUGUGCCCGGCCCAGGUGGCCGCCUGGUUCUUUACAACUCUGGCUGAGGUCGCUAAGUCCCUAACCCCGGUGCCGGCCGCCCCGCGCCUGGUGCACGCAGCUCGACACGCGGGUUUCACCACGAUCCUCCUGACCACGCCCGGGCCCCCGCGCCGCCUCCUGCUCUUCGACCUGAUCCCCGUGGUAUCGGUAACAGGUUGGCCCGAAGGUGCUCGGAUCCACUCGUGGGCGGGUCCUCUGGCCUCCGAGACUCCUUCCUUCUACUUGGCGCCGGGAGGUGGCACCGAGCAAGCGGGCACCUCCCGCUGGCAGCUCUGUUUUGCCCGCCAGGAGCUGGCGCUCAAAGCGCGCAUCCCAGCGCCGCUCCUGCAAGCGCACGCGGCGGCCCAGGCGCUGCUGCGCCCGCUGGUGGCCGGCACCCGGACCGCAGCGCCCUACCUCCUGCGGACGCUGCUGUACUGGGCGUGCGAGCGUCUGCCCGCGCUCUACUUGGCACGGCCGGAAAAUGCGGGUGCUUGCUGCCUUGGGCUGCUGGAUGAGCUGGGCCGUGUGCUCGAGGCCGGGACGCUGCCUCACUAUUUUCUGAACGGUCGGAAGCUGUAUGCAGGGGCCAGCUCCGUCGCCCUGUUGGCAGCACUGGCUCAGCUUCGCGGAGACCCUGCCCAGGCCCUUCGAGCAGCGGUGGAGGAAGCCAAGGUUGCCCGCAAGGGGGGUGGUUUAGCGGGAGUGGGGGGCGGGGCCCAUUAAAGACUCUCCUACUCCGGUGGAAAGUGUUCCUUUGAGAAGCAGGACGAAAAGAUGGCUUGCCUCUCCCAAGGGAGACACACUUGUGACUGGGCCCAAAGUCUGACUUCCAGGAGGUCUCCCAGGGUUUUCUUCCAUUCUCUCCACCCACUGAGCCCCCAAACACCCUGCUGCCUCUCCUGCAAAUCUCUCCCCAAUUCUUUUAAAGUCAGUAGAGAUGGGAAAAAUGUAUUUGCUGACAAAAUAUGGAAAGGGAGAGA